AUGGCCAACACAGCAACGGCCGGCAGCAACACCGACAACAACACCACGAGCAAUCACAAACCAGAUGUCGUAGAAUACGACAUGCACCACGAUAAUUACGACCGGGACACGGCGCUGCGUCGGCUACGCACCGCAGGGAGCCUGACGAUCACGCCGGAGCUGUUCGAGAAGAUCUACCUCUCCCCAAAGAACCGGGUGUCGAACAAUAUCCGUUCGACAGUCGGGAAUCCGACACCGCUGGCUCUUUGUGGCUUCUUGCUCUCUCUCAGUCCUCUUUGCAACAUCCUCCUUGGUUGGAGAGGAUCAGGCGGCUCGGGAGCUGCUGAAGUCGGCGUAUAUUACUUCUUCGGAGGCCUGUUGAUGAUCAUUGGAUCGGUCCUCGAGUUCAUAUUGGGCAACACGUUCCCGUUUGUGGUGUUUGGGUCAUUCGGCGCCUUUUGGCUCAGCUGGGCUGCAACAUUGACACCCUUCUACCACGCCUCGAUUGCUUACGACCCAACCCGGCCAGCGACCAGCAGCAUGAACCCGACAUUUGCGAACACGUUCGCCUUCUUCAUGAUCUACAUGGGCGUGCUCUGCUUCAUCUACCUCGUCUGCGCUCUGAGGACCAACAUCUGUUUCGUGCUCAUCUUCCUGUCGCUCGUCCCAGCGUUCGGCCUGAUGGCUGCCGUGUACUGGAAGCUUGCCGAGGGAAAUGCCGCAGUGUCUUUGGAGUGCCAGCACGCCGCCGGCGGGUUGCUCUUCGCGGUCUGCCUGCUGGGCUGGUACCUCCUUACAGCUCAGUUAUUGGCCGCCGUGGACUUUCCCCUGAAUGUCCCCGUCGGUGAUCUCGGCCAUUUGGUCAAAGGCGCCAGUGAGAGAGCUGCUCGCAAGGAGGAGAGGAAGCAUUCAAGUGAGUAG